UCCUGAGGAGGAAAUUACGCCCUUCUGCCGAACACGUGGGUGUGCGCGCGUCGGGACAGACUCAGCAAGAGGUAUUUUAACUUUUUUGUGUGUGCUGUUAGUGUUUGAGAACAGGAGUUUUCGUAGGGAAAGUGUAAAAAUGGCUUUAAUAUUGAUCUCUGUCCUGGGCCAACAAUGUACGGCUGGCCGCUAACGAGUGGCCGUGUUACACUACAGGAAGCGCCUAUCGGCUUAGCUGAAGUUAACACAGACGACCCUCCAUACAACAGUAUCGAACACGUGGGUGCGCGCACGUCGGGCCAAACUCAGCAACAGGAAGCGCCUAUCGGCUUAGCUGAAGUUAUCACAGACGACCCUCCAUACGACAGUAUCAACGAAGAUCAGCGUGAUGUCUCAGAUGACAAUCCAUACAACCCAAUCAUUGAAGAUAGACGUGGACGUCAGGAAAACCCGUACCAGAACCCCGAGACUGUGACAGAACCGGUAGCCGACAGGAUCACUAGUUCCUAUCUUCAGUUUGCUGGAGUUGAGGACAGCAUGAAUUCACCGGACAGCAGGACGGAUGAUGAACAAGGCCAUGACGUGUCCAUUCCAACUCCACGUCCCGGAGACGACCAGAGCUCCUCUGUGACAGAACAGAUGGCCGACAACAUCUAUAACCAAGUCAACGACGACGGGUCUGAACAAGAACAGAGUGAGUCGCCUGACGAGAACAACGUUUACAUCGACAUCAUCGGCUAGUGCGUG